AUGACGCCCGAAGAAUUGGCACGUUUUGCCAGUGAUGUGAGGCUUUUCUCCCCAGAAGAUAUUGACCGUUUGCAUCGUGUUCUCUUCCGCCUCCAAGAAGCCUCCGUCGAUUUUACGCCCGCUGCUAUAGAGCGCGAGUACAAAUCCAUAUGCUUGGAAAGCCAUGUCUCGACGCAGUACGAUGACCCGUGCUUGCAGUGGCUCCUUGAUCUCCUCGAGACUGACCCCGAAAUCCCUCUCAACGAAAAGUUUCUCGAUGUUUUACAGGAGGCGAACAUAGUGUUGACCACGGACGGAACUUCAACAGAGGCGGCGACCGACUACGAGGAGGACUACAAAGGACGAGUCGACAAUGAUGUUUCUAUACCAGUACGACCUGUUACACCUGACUCCAUCGACUCCAUCAAUGAAAACGAUCCUCUCUGGCAGCAAGCUGUCGCCCUCGACAAUCGAAAAUUAGCAUCGCAGGCGCUUGAACAAUGGCGUCACAAGUUGCAGCUGCAAAGAGCCGCAUAUCUGGAAUAUGAGGACCCGGCUAUGAAUGCAGUGGCAGACAGUUUGUACCUCCGCAAUCUGGCAAGAAAGGUUCUGUCGCAUUGGCGCAACACUGUCGCAGAAAUCCGCCAAAUGGAUAAUGUCGCGGACGACUUUCGCAUGCGACGAGAUGCUGCAUUUUCACUUAAGAAUUGGACACUGGCGACCCGCGAAAUGCUCUUUGUUAAGGUCAGAGAUGAGAAAAUACUGCGUAAAACAUUGGAAAAAUGGCAAGAGAAGACUGCGAGCGUCAAGCAAAUGGAAGCCGCAGCUGCUGACUUCCGCGACCGACAAGCGCUUCAAAAUGUCCUGGUGAAGAUGGUAGCCAAGAGGAGUCAGAUCAGGCAAGCAGAAAGUCAAGCUGUUCUUGUGUACGAAGGGAAUUUGAGCCGGAAAACGCUUCACACAUGGGUGGUGCAGCUCGACCAUAUCCGGUUGAAUGAGCGACGAGCAGAGGCCGCAGCAGACUAUUUCGCAAGCAAACACAUUCUUCAGAAGUGGCGGGAGAAGGCUCGAUUCCGGAUCGAAGAGAGAAAGGCUUUGGAGGCUCGCAAGCAUGUUUUGAGCUUUACGUACUUUCACAAAUGGCGAGCCGCAACCAGAAAGAGUAAAGAGGCGAAAUAUACCGAAGCGUACAAAACCAUGCGAAGAAGAGUCAAGAUGAACAUCGCUCGGACGGCACUGAUCGUUUGGAGGGAGAAAGCCACCCAGAUGCGUCAAAUGGAUGUGACCGCUCAGGAGUUUCGAGCUCGCAAAGACGUGGAGAGUGCAAGGCGCACAGCCCACGGCGCCAUCAUAACCAUGUUCAACAAGGCUGAGCAGGUGCAGGAAGCUAACCUCCAAGCCGAUGCUUUCUUCCGCAAGAAUCUCAUUGAGCGUCUCCAUAUCUUCGGUUCGAAUUGGCUCGUCCCCACCCGACAGGUCCUCGAGAAUCAGAGGAGGGCGGAUGAGUACCGUUCUACAAGGACUGCCAGCUAUGCUGUGCAAAUGCUGAGGAACUGGAGGAAUGCGGCGUUCAGAACAAAGCGACUGGAGGAGGAUGCCGAUGUAUUGUUCCAUCGUAAUGAGAAGAGACGGGCUCUUGGGUUCCUCCAGAAAUGGAGGCAGGCGUCGGCAGGGUCGAACAGUGAGGAGGCGGUAAGGGAGGUCUCCUUGGUUCCAGCGACGCCGGCGGCUCGAAGGAACCAAUUGCUGGCCUCUACGACACCGGCGUACACUCCAGCUGUUGGCCUGUUUGGUAGGAACGACGACGCGGUGGAGGAAGAGGAGUGA